GUUGAUUCUUCACAAAAAAAUAUGUGGCAAAAGGUCGCAAAGUUCAAGGGGGCCGAAUACUUUCGCAAGGCACUGUACUUACCCAUUGAGCAUAACAUAGUUCAUUGAGAAGAUAUAGUCACCAUCUUAUCAGGAUCUAUGUACUUAACUGUUGUUACCUGCAGCCUAGAUACUGUAACAAAGAGUCAGGUGCCACAAGUUGUUCCACAAGUUGUGUCUGAAUGUAGGGGAGGUAUGGCAGACCCUUUCUAUACUUAAUGGAAGUGCAUUUCAUUUUCUGACAAGAGAACACCAAACAACACUGGCUUUGCGAGUUUCACUUCAUAUUCCUUCAGGUGAGCAACACGUUGUUGAUUUCCUUAUGAGCUUGUGCAAGUUGCCGAGUCUUUUCACAACUUUUUAGAUUUAAUGACAGUCAGCCUAUCUGUUUCUUUUUUCAGAGUUUAUUGGAAAUGGGAGCCAGUUACAGUGUUGACUUGUGAAAGUUAUUUUCAUAUACCUUUUUAAUGUGAGUACUUUUCACCUCUUUGUUUUGUAUUUGCUGUUAAUUUCAGCAGAGUGAGAUCCCUGUAUGGACAAAGACAACCCUGACCUGCCUCUGAGGUCAGGGGACCUUCUACCAUUCUCUCCACACCCACCUGUCUCUUAGAACAUGAACUCUCACUACUUUUACACAUACACAUCACCUCGACCUGCAUCUACACACCACUUUUACAGAUCGAUGUGUCCCACCGUCAUCACCCCACCUAUGCAGUGGCCCAACAACUACAGUCUCUACCCUCCAUGUAUCCCCACCAAGUAUCAAUUCCCCUUAAACUUGGUCUCCAGGAGCACUAGGGGAUUCCAGGGAUCUGAUCCCAGCGCGUUCCACCACUAUCAUCAAACUUCUCCCCUGCCCUGGUGCAACUAUAGACUUGUGUCUAACCCUUACUGGCACUACCACCAGCGCCUGUAUGCCAAUCUUUCUGCUCCAGUGGCUCCUGUGGCCCCUACUCCAACCAGGCCCCAGAGGUUCCAGAACCAGGGAGGGACCUGGCCCGAGGGCUUCACCCUGAGAGGAGAGCUUCGCUGGGGCAGGCUGGAGAGGGUGUAUGGCCCCCGCAGGGAGCUGCCUGAGUUUGUGAGGCAGGACCUGCGGAGAGUGUACGGUACCUAUCCCCGGACGGAUGUUAGUAUCACCUACCAGGGAGGGGAGUACGUGGUGCGAGGGGACACCCAUGUCGGGGAACAGGAGUACAGAGUGGAGAGGAGGAUAGUGAGGCAGCAGGAGAGUCCUGAGGGGGAAAGCAUGAGUGAGGUAGUAGAGAAGAGGAGGAGAAAGAUGAGAUGAUUGUAAUGGAGGUAUGGCUAAUAAAUGCCAACUUUGUUGACAUAUGAAAAUGUAUUUACAUAAAUGUGAUGAUUUUUCCCAUAAGCAUUGAACAAAAGUAUAACUGUUAUAUAGUAGUCGCUGCAUAUUAGUAAAUGUUAAUAGUAGAAAUGCUAUUGAUAAAUAUUCUACAUAAAAUUGUAUUUGUCACAUGCUGAAUACAACAGGUUUAGUAGACCUUACUAUGAAAUGCUUACUUACAAGCCCUUAACCAACAAUGCAGUUUUAAGAAAAUACAACAACAGCAAAAAGUAAGAGAUGAGAAACAAAUAAUUAAAGCGCAAACUCCAGAUAAGUAGCAUUUGACUGCUUUUGUAUUAAACGUAUUUGUUAAUAUUCUCCAUCUCAUUAUAUGGCGCUACCUCAGGCAACUACAAUGCUGGAGUCAUUCUGGUCUAGUGUUUUCAUUAGGUGGUGUGCUACUGUGUAAUACUAUGAUUUUCAGUAUCAAGGUUCCUGUAACAUUAGCAUUAACAAGUUUGCUUCAGGAAAGUGCUUUCCCACUCUUGUUAUAAACUCCUGUCAUUUGCCUCUCAUCUCUUACUGAAAAACCCAUGUUAAGCAGUUAAAACUUCUCUCAUAACAUGCUGAUGUUCUAUCCAUUGUCUAUCAUAUUAGUCAUUUCUCACCUCUUAUACUAUAACCCCGUGUCGUAUUGUAUCAAACCCGGUCCAAUCUCUUGUAUCUCAUCACUAUUGUCACAGUAGACUUUGUCCAUCAGCAUAGAAAUAUAAUUACUAGAAUGGACAUUCUCAUUCAAGUCAACUGGUAACUCUGACAAGUAUGACUAGUCAUUCUGUUUCUGUCUGUCCGACCAGUCAUUGACGUUUAUGGACCCUGCUCUUCUCUCUGUCGUCUCCGUGACUCCAGGUUCUAUGGAACAGGCGUUUGGGUCUGAGUCACCUCUCGCAGUAUAGAGUGAUAAGACAUAGCUGUGGCCAGGGUGUGUGGGUUGGGUAUGCUGCAUUCGAUUGCUUCACUUUUGAAUGUUCCUUGUACUGCACAAUUUCCAGUAAUAUAGAUGUGCUUGAGCACACAUCCCGUUUCUCUAUAAAUAAGUGUCACAUAUGAUUUUACAAAACAUGGAUGUCUGACUGUUAUUUA